CAUUGAGAUUCCGUCAGGAAAGCAACGUGCUGAACGCGUCUAUUUGCAAUUAUUUGCCUCGACUACGACGAAAAUAUUGCACGCGCUAAACAAAAAGUUCCGCAAUAGAUAUAUUGCAGAUUUACUUAAUGUUCAAUUGUGGUAAACAGAUGCAUGGAAUUUGAAUACGCGACGGGGCCUGAAAGGAAUAAAUAGCUAAACUGACAGCUUUGACAGUCCGGGCAAAAGAAAAAUCAAAAAAAAAAAAAAAAAGAAACGGAAAGCGUGAGCAUUUAGUAGCGGCAACUUUAUUAUUAACACAAUAACAACAACGACAAACACACACAUUGAACACGCCAACCAGCCGCUAUGAGUGUGGACACGUAUGCGCCGAGCUCGGCGCUCUCGUUCCUGGACAUGGAUGACAAUGAGCUGCUGCGCGGCGCCGAUACGCAGCCAACGCAAUAUGAUUAUCGUGACUUUACCAUGCCGUCCACAUCGCAGAGCCAAACCCAAGCAGAUCAGCUGGAUUUGCAGCAACGUCGUGUUAGCCUGCACAAUGAUAUACAUCCACGUCUGGGAUCGAUUACCAACGAUUUGGCCGAUUUGCAAUUCGAGGAGGAGGACGAUGAGGGCGGCGGCGGCGGCGGUGGCGGCGGCAACAUGGCCUAUGUUAAGGAGCUGCCGGCUCACGCCUGCAAAUAUUGCGGCAUACACGAUCCGGCCACCGUGGUCAUGUGUAACAAUUGCAAGAAAUGGUUCUGCAAUGGACGCGGCAGCACUUCCGGUUCCCACAUUAUCAAUCAUUUGGUCCGUGCCAAGCAUCGCGAGGUCACGCUGCACGGCGACGGCCCGCUCGGCGAGACCAUACUCGAGUGCUAUUCGUGCGGUGUGCGCAACGUGUUCGUUUUGGGUUUUAUACCCGCCAAAGCGGAUUCGGUGGUGGUGCUGCUUUGCCGUCAGCCAUGCGCCGCACAGAAUUCGCUGAAGGACAUGAACUGGGAUCAGGAGCAAUGGAAGCCCCUCAUAGCCGACCGCUGCUUUUUGCCCUGGCUGGUCAAGCAGCCCACAGAGCAGGGACAGCUGCGUGCACGCCAAAUUUCGGCGGCACAGAUCAACAAGCUCGAGGAGCUCUGGAAGGACAAUAUUGAGGCGACAUUUCAGGAUUUGGAAAAGCCUGGCAUUGACUCGGAGCCGGCUCAUGUGCUGCUGCGCUAUGAGGAUGGCUAUCAGUAUGAGAAGACUUUCGGGCCGCUGGUUCGCCUCGAGGCGGACUACGAUAAGAAAUUAAAGGAGUCCGCCACACAGGAGAACAUUGAAGUGCGCUGGGAUGUGGGCCUUAACAAAAAGACAAUCGCAUACUUUACGCUGGCCAAAACAGAUUCGGACAUGAAGCUCAUGCAUGGCGAUGAGCUGCGUCUACGCUACGUGGGCGAGCUCUAUAAUCCCUGGAACGAGAUUGGCCAUGUUAUUAAGGUGCCGGAUAACUUUGGCGACGAUGUUGGCCUGGAGCUGAAGUGCUCCACGAACGCGCCGGUCAAGUGUACAAGCAAUUUUAGCGUGGACUUCAUCUGGAAGUGCACCUCAUUCGAUCGCAUGACACGCGCCCUGCGCAACUUUGCCAUGGAUCGCAAUUCCGUAUCGAAUUACAUAUAUUCGCGCCUGCUGGGCCAUGGACGUGCCGAUGGCAGCGAUGAAGUGCUCUUUCGCGGACCACAGCCCAAGCUGUAUAGUGCACCGCACCUGCCGGACCUCAAUCGCUCGCAGGUGUAUGCCGUGAAGCAUGCGCUGCAGCGUCCGCUUAGCCUGAUCCAGGGACCGCCGGGUACGGGCAAAACUGUCACCUCGGCGACCAUUGUCUACCAGUUGGUGAAGCAGCAUGCCGGCACCGUGCUGGUGUGCGCGCCCAGCAAUACGGCUGUCGAUCAGCUGACCGAGAAGAUCCAUCGCACCAAUCUGAAGGUGGUGCGCGUCUGUGCCAAGAGCCGUGAGGCUAUCGAUAGUCCCGUUAGCUUCCUGGCACUGCACAAUCAGAUACGCAAUAUGGAAACCAAUUCGGAGCUAAAGAAGCUCCAGCAGCUGAAGGAUGAGACCGGCGAGCUUAGCUCGGCGGAUGAGAAACGCUACCGCAGCCUGAAGCGCGGCACCGAAAACCAAUUGCUCGAGGCGGCCGAUGUCAUUUGCUGCACCUGUGUGGGCGCUGGUGAUGUUCGUCUGUCCCGCAUCAAAUUCACAUCGAUACUGAUUGACGAGUCCAUGCAGUCGACGGAGCCGGAAUGCAUGGUGCCCGUGGUGCUGGGCGCCAAGCAGUUGAUCCUGGUCGGCGAUCAUUGCCAGCUGGGUCCGGUGGUCAUGUGCAAGAAGGCGGCACGCGCCGGUCUCUCGCAGAGUCUGUUCGAGCGUCUGGUGGUGCUGGGCAUACGUCCGUUCCGACUCGAGGUGCAGUAUCGCAUGCAUCCGGAACUGUCGCAGUUCCCAUCGAAUUUCUUCUACGAGGGCUCGCUGCAGAACGGCGUCUGCGCCGAGGAUCGACGCCUUAAACUGGACUUCCCCUGGCCGCAGCCAGAGCGCCCGAUGUUCUUUUUGGUUACGCAGGGUCAGGAGGAGAUUGCCGGCUCGGGCACAUCAUUUCUUAAUCGCACCGAAGCGGCCAAUGUGGAGAAGAUCACGACACGCUUCCUGAAGGCGGGCAUCAAGCCCGAACAGAUCGGCAUCAUAACGCCCUACGAGGGACAGCGCGCCUAUCUGGUGCAGUAUAUGCAGUACCAGGGCAGCCUGCAUUCGCGUCUCUAUCAGGAGAUCGAGAUAGCCAGCGUGGAUGCGUUCCAGGGCCGUGAAAAGGACAUCAUCAUAAUGUCCUGUGUACGCUCGAAUGAGCGCCAGGGCAUCGGCUUCCUCAACGAUCCGCGUCGCCUUAACGUGGCCCUAACACGCGCCAAAUACGGCAUCAUCAUUGUGGGCAAUCCCAAGGUGCUGGCCAAACAGCAGCUGUGGAAUCACUUGCUUAACUUCUACAAGGAUCGCAAGGUGCUCGUCGAGGGCUCACUGAACAAUCUAAAGGAAUCGCUCAUACACUUCCAGAAGCCCAAGAAGCUGGUGAACAACAUGAACAUCGGCGCCCACUUCAUGUCCACCAUGAUGGCCGAUGCCAAGGAGGUAAUGGUACCCGGCUCCAUAUACGAGCGCAGCAGCGGCUACGGCCGCCAAAUGUCCGUCAAUUCGCAGUCACAAUCAAUCAAUGGCGGCCACUAUGCAUCUAAUGCCUAUGGUGGCGGCGCCGUUGCCACCGCCGCCGGCGGCAACAAUAUGUCCAAUGCAGCCGGCUACGGUGCCGGCAAUGGCAAUAAUAAUUAUGGCAGCAUGGCCAAUCCUGGCGUCGGCGUCGGCGGCGGCGUCGGCGUCAGCGUCGGGGUCGCCGGUGGCGGUGCUGUUGGCGGCGGAGCCAAUCCCGCCAGCUGGACGGCCAACCAUCUGCACGAUUCGAUUGGGUAUAUAUCAAAUGAUCAUGGCGCCGCCGCCUUGGGCAACAUGCCGGUGCCCGUCGGCAUGUUCAUGAACAUGAGCAAUCUUCCGCCGCGUUUCUACAAUCAGCAUCAACAAGCAAUUAUGGCCGCCAAACAGAAUCGUGCCAUGCAGCAGCAGCAGCAGCAGCAACAGCAGCAACAGCAGCAACAGCAGCAACAGCAGCAGCAACAGCAGCAACAGCAGCAGCAGCAACAACAGAACCAAGCGGGCUACGUGCCGCCGAUUAUCGGUGGCAAGAAGAGCGGCAAGUUGUCCAAGGCGCGCGCUGGCAAUUUCCAUUCGCUGACAGUCGGCGGCGGAGCUGGAGCUGCGGCAGCCGGCGCAGCAACUGGAACAGGCGCAGCAACAACUACGACAAUCGGAGCAACAAUCGGCGCGACUCCAUUCAGCCAACAGCCGACGGCGCUGUCGCUGCAGAUGACACAGCCGAGCGGAUUUGCGCUCUCCCAGCAGCCGGAAUUAUCGCAGGACUUUGGUCAGAUCUCGCAAAUGGAUGGACUGCUCUCCCAGGAUGUCGCCUUCAAUGUGUCGGGCGAACGCAGUUUGAACCAAUUUUCGCAACCUUACUGAGAUGCUUGAGGAGGCGCGCACAAUUGCAACAACAAUUUACAACAACAAACACAACAAACUAAACAACAAACAAAUUGUAAGAACUUUGAAGCCAUCAUGCAGCAGCAGCAGCAGCAGCAGCGGCGGCGGCGGCGGCGGUAGCAGCGAAAGCGUCAGCGGCGGCAGCAGCAGCAGCAGCAGCAGCAGCAGUUAGCAAGCGGCGAUAAAACAAAAACAACAACAGCGACAGCGACAACAGCAGCAGCAGCAGCAGCAACAGCAACAACAACAACAUGAACGAGCAACAAAAGGAAGACGCAGAGGCAAGCAAAAUGGAAAAAGCAGCAUGGAAAAAGUCUAUCAAACAGUUAAACUCGGCCAACACACAGAAGCGAUCAGGCAAACAGCCUAGGCACAGUUAAAGCAGAAAGCGUUAGCGAGAACGAGAAAGAGCGAGAGAGAGAGAGAAAGAGACAGAAAGCAAUGAAUAUAUAGAAGCGGCAUCAGUGGAAAAGAAAGAAGCAGCAGCUGCGGCCACGCAGACAAACAACACUGACAUGUGGCCAACAGAUGUAGCUGGGCACACUUUUUUUGUAUAGCUCCCAGCUUUAGCUCAGCCAUGCGCAGGCUUUGAAUGCAGCCAGAUGGGCGAGCGGGCAACGACGGCGGCAGCGACGGCGGCGGCGGCCACACAGCGCAAGACGCGGACUGCGCCUGCAGAUGCAGAUCGUUGCUGGAGACAACGUCGAGGCGCCAUGUUUCGUUCUUUCUUGUACACCCCAAAAACAAAGAGAAGAAAGUUCAAAAUUGACGACGAUUAAUGCGCGGAAUGAUGCCGCUUCACUUACCUCCCCCUCCCCCUACCCCUACCCCAGCCCAAACCCUUACAAAUGAGGUAUUGAAGAAAAGGACAGAAAAACAACCUAGACCCGUUUAAUAAUUUUUAAUGGAAUUUUUUGUUUUUGUCUGGCUUAUGUCGAGUUUUGGAAUUUUUCCACUUAAAAACCAACUUUUUGCCACUGUUGUAUUUUUCCAAGGAACGUUUUUGUUAAUUGUAUGCGAGUGCCAUUUGUUUCUGUUUUCAAAAGUGCAAAAAAAAAAAAAAAAAAAAAAUGCCCCACAAAUAUUUCCAAACAUUUGAAAUUGCAUUGUGGCGCCCUCUAGCGGCGGCCAGAACACAAUAUUUAAAUUAUUCAAAGCGUUUGGAGAUCCUUUUCUUUUUGUUGUCGGAAAACAUUAUUCGAACUCAUUUUAAAUAUUGUUGAAUUGAAACAAUUCAAGAUUUUUUUAAAUACAUAAAUAUAUACAAAUAUAUAUAUAUAUGUAUAUGUUUUUUAAAGAAUUACCGCCCUCUGGCGGCGACCAGUCGAAAACAUAUUUUACACGGUUUGGAAAUGGAUUUCAUUUAUGAAUUUCGACACUUAUAUAUUUCAAUAGUCUUGAAUUUCCCUAAAACAAAAAGAAAUAAACAUUGGAAAAUUUUCUUAAAGCUCACAAAUAACGGUUACAAAACAGUUUACCCCCCACCCAACCCUUCCAGCUAAUUUGUUAACACAGACUCAAGUACAAUAAUAAUAAAAAAAAUUACAUGAAAGGAACCCAACAAAGAAAAUGGAUUUUCCACACAUAUGUAAAAAUUGUGAUUAUUUCCUGCCCAAUUGAAUAUGAAAAUAAACAAGUUCUGAAUGUGUUCUGAAUAAAGAAUUUCAUUUAAUUUUGCAAAACAGAUGAAAAACUAUAAACGAAA